AUGAAAUUAACAGGUCCUCUGAUGUUAUUGAAUCCUCUUCUUUCUCCUCGAACAUCGUUAUUGAAAAAAGAAAAUUCCAUGAUGAGGAUGACUGAAACACAGAGCCCAGCAAUGACUGCUAAAUCCAGUCCUACCCACUCCGAACAUGAUCCUCGUGAGAAUGGCAUGUUGUUCGCUCACAGUGCUCGUUUUGAACAAGUGCUUGUUGAUGAAGAGAGUCGAAAAUUGUUUCUUGAAUUUCUGAAAUUUCAUCAAACAGAAGAAUCGCUGCUCUUUCUCAAUGAUUUGGAGGUGUAUCAACAUGAAUAUGAACAGAUGAUUUUUCAUUCGUUUUGCGAUUCGACGUCAAGAGACUUGAAUCAGGUCAAGUCAAGAAUAAGAUCCUCCUCGCUAAAGGCGACAAGAAAUUCGAUAAGAUUGCAUCGAUUGUCCAUUUCAUCGAACUCAUCGGUUGACUCGCUGUCAAGCUCUUGUAGCAAAAGCAGUCACAGCACUACCUCGAGUACACUAUUCACAGAUAGUGUUCAAAGUAGCCAAAGCGUUAAUACACAUAGCUCUGCCUUUCUUGAAGCUGAUACUAUUACUAGUAUUGAUAUUCAAGUUCCUCCAACAAAUUUCUCACCAAUUACACAGAAUAAGCGAAAGUCUAUCAAAAGACAGUCUAAGAGGAUUUUCAAAGAGGUAAAGCAUCUUUUCGAAAGAUUACAAAAGCUCAUUGAGAAUUACAUCAACACUGGCUCUAGAUAUGAAUUGAAUAUAGGAUCGCAUCAAUUGGUAGUUUUGGAAUUAUUUUCGAAAGUAUGCGAAAGUUUUACGGAUUUAUCUCAUGAAAUGAAUCUCAUCGAAUGUACGAGUAGCAUUCUCCUACAACAGAUGGACCCACAGCUGCUAUUUGGCAAACUUGUACAAAUUGUCCAUCAGGAUUUGAAAUCUGAGCUAUUUCCUCGCUUUGUAAGAAGCGAAUUAUUUUUUAACUUUGUGCAAGAAAAAGGUCACGAAUACUUUGCCAGACAUGUUUCACAUCCAUACUCUACAACCACCCUACCAUUGUUUGUGGAUGCAAGAAGUGAUGUCAUUUCUGAAGAAGUGUUAGAUUUUGGGCUUCGAAUGGCACAAGAAGAUCAAACUCUUUGGAAAUUGAUUCACGAGAAAGAGAUGAAGAAUGAUCGUGUAAGGAUGAGUCUUUUUACAUCCAAGAGAGCAUCGUCAAUGAUAGAAAUGCAAGGUUCAACAACACGUGCUACGAAACGAUCAAUGAAAUUUCUAAAAUGUGAUCUUUAUAUUCCUCAACCCUUUGAAUCGGUUGUGAGAACAUGGACUUCAUUUAUGGAUCGAGACGAAGAAAUCAUUUUAAGAGAUUAUAUUCGACCAAUGAAUGCCGAUCUUAAAUUUCAAAGAGAAGAAGAUAUGGACAUUCUUUCACCGGGUUCUCCUAUUUUACCAUCGACGAGUGGUUGUAUUUCUCCAUUGUGCAUUCAACAAUGUCAUAUCAAUAUGGACGUUCACAUUCCAUGUGUGAAAAACAGAAGCUUUCCAGUGGUUGCAACGUCAAUAGGUGAUGGCCAAACGAUAGCCAUGUUUGCCUUUCGAUCUAAGGAUUGUAGCGAUCAGUUGUCUUCUUGUUUCAUGCCAUGUUUAGGGUUUUUCAUAUUUUACAAAAUGGGUGAAAAUAUAACACGAGUGUGUCAUUUACUAAGUGCUGACUUUUCCUUACCAUUCAUGAAUUCAGAUUUGUUAUAUGAAGCGUUUUGGAAAGCUAGAUGUUCAAAAUUAGCCAGAGAGCUGUUGAGUGAGUCUGAAAACAAUUCCCAGCAAGACUCUUUGCGAUUUUUACAAACGAUGAGGGAAAAUGCAAAAACAUUUCCCAACAUGCCACUACCAUCUACUAUCUUUGCUUGUUCUGAUCAUAAAUAA